UGAGUGACGCCACUGAGUUGGAGGCACUAGGACCCAGCAGCGUGAGGGCUGCUGCUCCCUGCCCACAGCUCUCUGCCUGCCGAUGGUCUUUGUGGACGUGCGGGAAGAAACGCGGCUCCGGUGAUGAAGCUGGAUGAGGGACGGUCACACAUCUCGGCAGCAUCACCCGUUCCUGUUGGGUGUUGGUCCAAUCAGCGCUGAUGCACAUCAUGUGUGACUGUGAAGAUUUCUGAGGGGAGCACAUCAGAUCCUGUCAUUUCUGUCUACCAUUAACACACAGCCCUAGAGCACCAUGGGAGGCGUGGCGGUGGACGUGGACACAGGGGGGGUGAAGGCUCCAGAUGGCGGGUGGGGCUGGGCGGUGCUUGCCGGCUGUUUUGUCAUCACAGGUUUCUCGUACGCUUUCCCUAAAGCGAUCAGUGUCUUUUUCAAAGAGCUGAUCAGGGAGUUUGGGGUGGGAUACAGCGACACUGCCUGGAUCUCCUCCAUCCUGCUGGCCAUGCUCUACGGCACAGGUCCUCUGUGCAGUGUGCUGGUGAACCGCUUUGGCUGUCGCCCAGUGAUGAUGGUGGGUGGCCUCUUUGCCUCUCUGGGAAUGAUCCUGGCCUCCUUCUCCACCAGCAUCAUCCACAUCUACCUCUGUAUAGGGGUCAUUACAGGUUUGGGCUUAGCCCUGAACUUCCAACCAUCUCUCAUUAUGCUCAACCGCUAUUUCAGUGAGAAGCGUCCUCUGGCCAAUGGGCUAUCAGCCGCUGGAAGCCCUGUGGCCCUGUGCUGCCUCUCGCCCCUGGGCCAGCUCCUCCAGGACCACUACGGAUGGAGGGGGGGCUUCCUCAUCCUGGGUGGCAUUCUACUCAACUGUUGUGUGUGCGGGGCGCUAAUGAAGCCUCUGGUUGGCCCCAAGACUCUCAAGGCUAAGGACCUGGAACAGGACAACAAAGACGAAACUCAGAAAAAGAAGAAGCCCAAAGCCAAACUGCUGGACUUCUCUGUGUUCAAAGACUGCGGGUUUGUCAUCUACACCGUGUCGGCGUCCAUCAUGGUGCUGGGGCUGUUUGUGCCUCCAGUGUUUGUCGUGAGCUAUGCUAAAGAGCUGGGGAAUGAGGACACCAAAUCAGCUCUGUUGCUCACUAUCCUGGGCUUCAUUGACAUUUUUGCACGGCCCACGUGUGGUGUGAUUGCUGGGCUGAAAUGGGUGCGGCCUCGUUGCGUCUACCUCCUUAGCUUUGCUAUGCUUUUCAAUGGAAUCACUGACCUGGUCGGGUCACAGGCCAAGGACUACGUCUCGCUGGUGGUCUUCUGCAUCUUCUUCGGCAUCUCCUACGGCAUGGUGGGUGCCCUGCAGUUUGAGGUUCUCAUGGCAAUAGUUGGUACUGAGAAGUUCUCCAGUGCCAUUGGCCUGGUCCUGCUCAUGGAGGCCAUUGCUGUGCUGGUGGGGCCGCCUGGCGCAGGCCGGCUUCUCGAUGCCACCAAGAACUACAUGUGGGUCUUCCUGCUGGCAGGAAGCGAGGUGGUCCUCUCAGCUGUGGUUCUGGCUACUUGUAACUUCCUGUUUAUCAGCAACAAGUCCUCAGCACCAGCAGACAAGCUUGACAACAUCACAGCGACAGACAAUGCCAAUACAGAAUUGUGCAGCAAACCUGCAGAGAUGAAUGAUGAAGAGGAGAAGGGAGAAAGAGAGGAGCUAGAGAAGGAGACAAAGAAGGAAGAGGUAAUAAAUGAGUUAAAGGACGAGGAGGAGACCGACAGAAAGAAAGUAGCGGAGGUCAGGCCAGAAAGUGUAACAGUGGACUCACAGGAAGUGGAAAGGUUCUUAAAAGAGCCACAACCAAAUGGUGACAUGGCCAACAAUCCUGAAACAUGCCUGUGAGCAGUUGGCAAUAAACAUAAAAUUUCUCAAGAGCAAUUUUUGAACACAAUCAAUACAGCUAAAAUUGUACAGUUGUAGAGGAUAUGUGUAGUUGCGGAACUCCAGUAAGUAGGCUGUCGAGACUAUUUUAGUCACUUUAAACAUUGGAUGAAGUGAUUCUUUUCUUUAAUAACAGAUGAUGCUGAACUGAGAACUGAUCCUCCUAGAUAUCUAGCCAGCCGGCUCAUUUUCUGUAACUAGUGAAAGCAUGUUGGGUCGAAUUAGCAAGUUAGCUAAACAACUAUCCAACAAACUAUUAAAAAAGCUACCAAACAAGCUAGGUAACGUUAUAAUCGCUAACAUAGAGGAUUUCAGCGCGAUUUCAUUAGGCGU